ACACACACACACACACACACACACACACACACGUUCAGACACACAAACACACACACUCUCCAGCACUGAGAGCUUCAGGGAUGUAGAAACCUUCUGAAGCACACCCCCAGUGAAGCCACGCUCAUCAGCCACGCUAAAGUGUGCACUUAGAGAAUUGAGAGAAUUGAUCACGCUAGCAUGCGGAGGAGUUCCAGCUGAACGGACAGGGUUCCUCUCUCGGUUCUCUGGGUGUGUGGACUGCUGUGAGAACUCAAUAAUGGCGUGACAAAGAGCUGCUGUCUCACUGAGGGAUGUGCUGAUGAUCCUUCUUCUUCUGUGGUGGUCUGAAACAUCAGAUUCGACGACUCGCUCUGAGAUCCGCACUUUAAAGACUUCAAGAGCUUCGUUUUGAACUUUUCUUUGGCGGGUGAAGAUUUUGGGUUCUACAGUUAAGUAAAGUUAUGUUCCGAGUUCUUCAAAUACACAGUCGUAGGUGAUCCUGUUUUUUGACCGCCAUGAGCUGGAGUUUCCUCACCCGCCUCCUGGAGGAGAUCCACAACCACUCGACGUUUGUGGGGAAAGUGUGGCUGACGGUCCUCAUCGUGUUCCGCAUCGUUCUGACGGCAGUGGGUGGAGAGUCCAUCUACUCGGAUGAGCAGUCCAAGUUCACCUGCAACACCAAGCAGCCUGGCUGCGACAACGUCUGCUACGACUCGUUCGCCCCGCUCUCACACGUCCGCUUCUGGGUCUUCCAGAUCAUCAUGAUCUCUACGCCGUCUGUCAUGUACCUCGGAUACGCCAUCCACAAAAUUGCCCGUGCCUCUGAGGAAGACCAGGAGAAAACCAAGAAACGGCACAGGAGCUACCCGAGGAGCCGAUGGAGGGACGUGGAUCAGACCGAGGAAGAAAACGACGAUGAUGAAUGCGACGACACAGAACCCAUGAUGUACAGCGACGCGCUGGAGCUUCAGGAAACCAAAGCCAUGGAGAUGGAGAGGAACUCAAAAAGAGACACAACAAAGCACGACGGCCGGCGCAGGAUUAUGCAAGAAGGUCUAAUGAGGAUUUACAUCCUUCAGCUCAUAUCUCGUGCCAUUUUCGAGGUCUUCUUCCUGGUGGGUCAGUACCUCCUGUAUGGAUUCCGGGUCAGUCCCUCGUACGUGUGUGAUGAAAUUCCCUGUCCUCAUCAAGUUGAUUGCUUCGUGUCACGUCCCACUGAGAAAACCAUCUUCCUGCUCGUCAUGUACAUAGUCAGCUGCCUCUGUUUGAUGCUCAACGUCUGCGAGAUGUUCCACCUCGGCAUCGGGGCAUUCCGAGACAUGCUCAGGAAACGCCGGGUUCAGAACCGGAGUAUCCGCUCCUGCACUUAUCCGUAUUCCCGUAACAUUCCGGCUUCACCUCCGGGAUACAACUUUGUGGUUAAAUCAGAGAAAGCGGGACACCAGGUCCAAAACGGUGUCCUCUCUCAUCAGCAGAACCAGAACAGCGUCCUGGAUCCUCAGCAGAACCACAGUCACGGUGUCAUCGCCCCACACAACCGGGAUCAGAACUGUGCCAGUCCGGAAGGAAACGUUCAGCCGGACCUUGCCAGUUUGCACCAUCAUCUCCGUGUAGCACAGGAACAGCUGGACAUGGCCUUCAGGACCUACAGCAACAAAAGCACUCCUAUUUCAAGAACCAGCAGCCCAGCAUCAGAGCAGAACCGGGUCAAUUUAGAACAGGAGAGACAGGGAGCGAGACCCAAAGCUGACCCAGGGAGAACUGACUCAAUAGUCAGGAAUGGAAAAACCUCUGUGUGGAUUUAAAUUCCAGCUCUGACCAUGAACUUCAUCACUAUUAUGACUGUGUGACAUGCAGGAGGCUGGAUUACUAAUUAUUAAUAAACUAACCUCAGUGUGGAUUUAAACAAACUGAAAUAAAGAAUGAAGAAGAGAUUCAAAUAUAAUAACAACCCUGAUGUCCAAAUUAUCCACAAAAUAACUCCUGUUCUUUACACUUUUUUCGUUCAAAAGUUUAUGGACACCUGACCAUAAGAUUGGUAUGUUCUUCUUUCUGUACAUCUCAUUCCACAUUUCGUCUUUAUUCCUGUUAUAAUGAGCUCCACUCUUUCUGGAAGAUGUUCCAUUAGAGUUUGUGGAGAUCCAUUCAGCCACAAGGGUGUUAGUAAAACCAGGUACUGGUGUAGAUGAGAAGGUGAGGAGUCAGCACUCACAUUCAUUCUCAAGAUGUUCAAGAAUUUCCUGCUUCCAAAGAUGAGAGUUUGGAGAAGGACCAGAAACAUGUGGAAAAGUCCGGUUUCACAAAACUUGUCCAUAUAAACCUUGUAAAAGUGGAAAACACUGAAUAUGACUUUUUGAAAUGCUAAAAUCUUUAAAGAAACCCCAGUGCAAUGCAGCAUUCACAACAACACAGUCACUAACGCAACAUCAUUCAGCAGCAGUCAGUGUGAGGAUCGAGAACGUGGUGAGCAGGGAGAUGAUCCAGGUGUGGAAGGUCCUGAGGUGAAGCGGAGAGCAUGAUAAUGGUGAAGGUCUCACACCCAGUCGUGGAUUAUCACCUUAUUCCAUGUUACUUCCUACCACUGAGGAGUUAAAAAGCUGUUAUUGAUGUUUGCAGAGCGAAACUGAUGCCUUAUCUUCAUUACUCGUUCCAUCUACAUUUAUUUAUGCUGUUGGAGUUUAACUCCUGGUGCUGCUUUUCCUUCUGUUUCUCAUUUGAACGUUUUCUUCUCCAGAUGGUCAAAUCACAAUGCAGAAUUCACACUUGUGUGCUAAAAUUUAUACAACUUUUACAAUUCUGACAUACUGCCUGUGUAAUCAAAUAUCUACUGAUGUGUCCAGGCUGGUGAAUAAAAAGAAUAAUAAUAAUAAUAAUAAUCAUAAUAAUCAUAACCAUAAUAAUAAUAAUAAUAAUAUCAUUUUUAGGUUAUGACGUAGACAUUUUGUACUCACAGCAUUCCUGCAUGUUCAUCAUGUCACAUAUUCAGACCCCUUUGAGUUUACGUGGUAACGUGUAGAUUAUUCCGUGAAAAAGAAAUAAUAAAUCUCCACUUUAAACGUAAACAAUAUGACAUUGUGUGUAAAUAUGUAUCGCGAUGUGUCGUAUAAACGAUUACCUGCACAUCUUUACACUAUUGUACAGAUCAGUUCUGCUUGGACAAACUCUCUGGAAGAGAAAAAAUAAAUAACCAGUCGUGUGUGUGUGUGUGUGUGUGUGUAUAUGUGUGUGUGUAAAUAUUGUGUAUUUAUUCUGUUUUGUGUUAAAACUUGCACUAGAGAAAAGGUAUCUAACAGUGUAAAUAAAGCUGGAGGGAUUGGUGACGGUUCGGGGAACUGAAUCUGAGUAGAUGUUUUAUUGAUAUGGACACAGAUCUAGUCAGCUCUGAUUAAUACUUUAACGCUACACAGCAAGUUUAGGUUUUUCUAAUUUGGCAUCAGCACUUAUGAAUAGUCGAGCAGCACCUUGAGGACUAUUUGUUUACAGGAUAAACACAGCAAAGCUAGUCACUAUAGUUAGUAUACUAUCCUGUUACAAAAAUGUGAGCAAAAAUACGACCAUGCAGAACGCAUUUAUAUUACGAAUCUGAAUCUGUUCCUGAAAUGUGCCUUAUUACUGUAACUGUGAUGAGCAUUUUAAAUAAAUAAUCAAUGGAGGAAAAACUUC